UCACACACCCGUAGAUUCUCCAAUUAACCGUUCAUUCAUGGCUUCCUCUGCUAUUACCAACAUUAUACCAUCAUCUUCCUUGAAUGCUCUUUCCUUCCGAAACAGCACAACACAUCUUACUCGAACCCCAAAUUUUUACAAACCCCUUUUAGUCAAAGCUUCUAUUUCCGUCGAUUAUUCUUCCUCCUCUAAAUCACCUACAUCUACAAAGAAUAAUAACUGGUUAUGGAAAUACAAGGACAAUUCUGUGAAUAUUUAUUACGAGGAACACGACAAGGGAAGUGAUGAGUCUUGUAAGAACAUUUUGAUGAUUCCCACUAUUUCAGAUGUUAGUACUGUUGAGGAAUGGAGAUCAGUAGCUAAAGACAUUGCUGGACGAAGUGGCAAAGUUAAUUACAGAACUACCAUUGUGGAUUGGCCUGGUUUAGGGUACUCUGAUAGACCCAAGCUUGAUUAUAAUGCUGAUGUCAUGGAAAAGUUCUUGGUUGACUUCAUUAAUGCUCCUGAUGGUCCGGUGAACAAUUCGGAUAAGGACUUGGUAGUGUUUGGAGGAGGACAUGCUGCAACAAUAGCAGUUCGUGCUGCAAAGAAGGGCUUGGUGAAGCCAACAGCCAUUGCUUCUGUUGCUCCUACCUGGGCUGGUCCACUUCCUAUUGUUUUUGGAAGAGAUUCCAGCAUGGAAACAAGGUACGGUUUCCUUAGAGGGACCUUAAGGGCCCCUGCUGUUGGUUGGAUGAUGUAUAAUGUACUUGUCAGCAAUGAGAAAUCAAUACAAUCACAAUAUAAGUCCCAUGUCUAUGCAGACCCUGAAAAGGUAACUCAAGAUAUCAUUGACAGCCGAUACGCACUCACAAAGCGGCAAGGGGCUCGCUAUGUGCCUGCUGCUUUCUUGACUGGUUUACUUGACCCGGUAAAGUCCAGGGAGGAAUUUGUCCAACUCUUCGCAGAGUUGGAGGGUAUGAUACCGUGUCUGGUUCUGGGAACAGCAGGUUCUCCGAAGAGGUCAAAAGCAGAGAUGGAAGCACUUAGGGAGGCCAAAGGGGUGAGCAAGUAUGUUGAAGUCCCAGGUGCUCUCCUUCCACAGGAAGAGUAUCCUGAAAUAGUUGCAGAACAGCUUUACAGAUUUCUGCAAGAGAUAUAUGCUUAAAAUGGUUAUCAGCUCAAGCAGUCAAAGGUACAGAAGUUUUCCCUUGUACAACAGUGUGGUUUAUUGGUUAUGUUUGAGAUAUGAGAUGACAAUGCCAGUGACUUUAUACAUGAUAUUAUGCUGAUUUGAUUAAUGUAUGAAUUUGUAUCUA